AUGAAGAGUAUUAGACAUAGAACCUUAGCCAUCCUCUUUAUGCUGCUCUUUGGCCUAUCCAAGUCAACCGCUAAAGGGAAGACCAGGGUUAGGGUUGUGAACAAGCUGGGGACUAACAGGAUCAUGAAUAUUCACUGUCAGUCGCGAGACGAUGAUCUGGGAUACCAUGCCAUUCUCGAUGGCUCUGAAAUUGAAUGGAAGUUCGCUGUAAAUUUCUGGGGAACUACAUUGUAUUACUGUGAUGUGCAGUGGGAUUACUCAAAAUGGCACCAUUUUGAUGCAUACUCAAGUGAAUUGCAUUAUGAUAGAUGCAAAACAGAGUGUAUUUGGAUGGUGACCAAGGAUGGUCUGUUCAAUUUCAAUGAAGAAUUUGGGAACUGGGUUUUGGUGCCAUUCCAAGAUAGCCCUUGA